AUGCCACGCGCACCAAAACAAAAAGAUCCUAAUGCACCAAAACGUCCAUUAUCAGCAUUUUUUAUUUUUUCACAAGAUGAAAGACCAAAAAUAAAAGUAACAAAUGCUAGUUUAUCUGUUGCUGAUGUUGCUAAAGUCAUUGGAGAAAGAUGGCGUGCAGCCCCUGAUGAUUUAAAACGUAAAUAUGAAAAAGCAGCUAAAGAAGCGAAAGAACGUUAUGAAAUUGAACUACAAGCAUACAAACAAACAGGUAAUGUAUUAUAA